AACAAACUGAAAGAAGCUGAAGAUGAUGGAUAACGACGAUGGCGAGGGAGGAGGAAGCAGCAGGAGGGAGGACACUGCCAGCACCGAUACCGUGCACGGCGAUGGUGCUGUGCAUGACGAGGGAGCUGCGACGCGGAAGAGCAGCGCUGGCAGCGUUGGUAGCCUUGCUGCCGGAGACGACGGCAACAUGGGCCAUGGCCGAAACUACUCCAUGCUGCUCUCAGAGGUCAUCAACUCCGAAGGCAACAUUGCCCCAACUCUGCGAGCUGUGUACGAUUCCUCGCAAUCCGACAUCCCAACGUUCGUGAAAGCACUGGAGACACAGACCACCAAGCUGGACGGCGAUAUUGAACGGUUGUGCAGCACCCACUACCAAGGGUUUAUCGACUCCAUUGAUCGCCUGCUCAAGCUCAAGGACCACGCCCUCAAACUACAGACGAGGAUCGAUCGCGUUAAGGGCUUGAUCUCAGAUGCAGGCACUGGGCUGCAGGCGAUGACGGAAUCGCUCGCGCGCGAGAGAAGACGACAGUGCAACAUUCUUCGCACCAUCGAGACGCUCAACGUCUGCGUGCCAGCGCUGCGCUUGUUCUGCAAGGUGCAGGUGCAGCUGCAGGCUGGCCGGUUCUACUCUGUUAUCAAGACGUUGGAGGAGUUGGAGGCACAGCAUCUUGCACACGUCACACAGUUCCGGUUUGGGCAGGCGAUCCAAGCGCGCAUCCCGCACAUACGCGCACAGGUGCGGCAGGAGGCGUUUGGCGACAUGCGGCGGUUUCUCGAGGAGGCGAGGAUGAAGGCCAAGGCUGUUGGCGAGACGGCGAUGGCGCGUGCACAGAAGGUGCAUGCGAUUGACACAGAGGGGAUGGAUCCAGACGCAGCUGUCGGUGCGCAGCCGAGCGCAAGCAGCGCUUCCCUCGCAGCGCUUGAGGACAUGACGGCGCACGCGGCUGCACUCGAUGUCGACUUUGGCCCAAUCUACAGCUGCUGGCACAUCUGCCAAGUCCUGAACUCGACGAGUGCAUGCAUUUUGUAUUACAAGACGGAGCGGAAGAAGCAAGGGGAGCUGGUCAUCAACCCACCAAGCCCACUGACAUCGGUGCACGAUUUUCAGGACUACUUUGCGCGGCUGGCGGGUUUCUUCCUUGUCGAGGAGACCGUACUCUCCACCACAGAGGGCCUCAUCUCCAAGCAGUAUCUUGAUGAAAUGUGGCAUCACGCGCAGAACAAGAUUGCCACCGCGAUGCAAACUGCCAUUUCCAACUGCACCACUGCGUCUAUGAUUCGAUCCGUCAAAACGAUCAUUGUCACGUUCAACCGUGUCCUGCAGGAUCACGACUACAGCAUCGGCCGCCUCGUGGACGUCCUGCUCGACAUUCGCGAACGAUAUCAGUCUGUGCUUCUCACGAGCUCGGGGGAAGUUCUGCGCGGAAUUCUCUUCUCCGACAACUACACUCCGCUCCAUGUGGACACAGAGGAGGAGUACCGGGCGCUGCGGGCGAAAUAUCCGUUUAGCGACGUGCCAGCUGAUGAGGCCGAGCUGCCGCACUCGCUCGAGUUUUCGGACGCGGUGCCGAACAUAUACGUGGAGGUGAAGCAGUUUAUCUUUCUCACGUGGCUCUACAUCCACAACAUCGGCCUCAGCAACACGGAAGUGGAUGAAACUGUUCGCCAAUCGACAAACCAGCUCCUCUCCAAAGUCCUCAGCGGAACAAUGGCCCGUAUUGUCAGGGAGCGAACGCUGACGCUGCCGCAGCUGACACAAAUCUCCGUCAACACGCAAUACCUCGAGCGCGCGUGUGAGAAGUUGGAGCGCUACAUUUCAUCGCUGACGAAAACCGUUGGCGAUGACAUUCACAUCACGCGCCUCUACGCAGCAUCAGACUUCAAGGACGCACGCUCCGCUGCUGAGUAUCGGAUGGUUGAGCUGUUGAGCGAACAGAUUGACGAGUGCCUUGAUCUCGCAGAUUACGACUGGGCGCCAGCAGAGCCAAGGACAACUUCGAGCUCGUACAUGUACGAUCUCCUUGCUUACCUCACCACCAUGUUUGCGUCGUUAACCAACCUCCCCAAAGAGGUGGCGACGCAUGCAUACUUUAUGACGUGCAAGCACCUGUGCUCGAAACUCAUGGAACUCGUCCAAAGUCCAGAGAUUAAGAAGGUGAAUCUCAACGGCAUCAAAUCGUUUGAGCUCGACGUGCGGUUGUGCGAGGAUUAUGCGGACUCGUGUCCCGUGAUUGACGCUGGCGAUCAGCUCUUGCAAGGGCUCUUCGUCUCUCUUCGCGAGCUUGUGGAUGUGUUCUUGAAGGAGGACUGGGCCGUGUAUCUUGAUCCUGAGCAGCGCACACAGACAUACGCGCACCUCAAGCCUCACAUUGUCCUCAUGUGGCUCGAAAAGUUUGACGACACGAGCCGGCAGGGCCUGUUUCGGUCUGGGGAAGACAGACGAAAGGCGAGACUGGUGGACAACGCACUGAAGAAACUGCGCGCGGAGAUUGGGCAGCAGUCACACGCUCAACAAAGCUCGUCAUAACCACACUGACACCUUGUGCCCUUUCGUUCCUCUCUUGUUGAUCUAUGUACUUUCCAUCCAAUCGUCUUGUGCAUAAUGCAUGGCAUGUUGUGAUAGCGUUUGAGUGCGCAGUUGCUCGCUUCUUUCUCAUUGUGCAGAGUUGCCAUUGGGGUCAUUUAAUUACAAAGCGGUACAUGG